GUGUCUAGUCCAGUCAAAGAAAUACUCGAAACUUCCCUUGUUGUUGAUUCUCACACCUAAGUGUUAACUUAACUGGAAUUGAAUAUUGUUCUACUGAACCACAAUUGUUUUAAGUGUAUAUUUAUGUUAACGUUGUAAGUUUUAAAGAUGUAUAUUCAAGUUCGUACAGUAGAUGCUAAAACUAAAAUAACUGUCGACAUAUCUAAAGUUGCACCUGUGAGUGAGUUGAAGAAACAACUAGAAAGUCAUUUUGGGAUAAAACCGGAAAACCAGCGUUUAUUUUUCCGAGGAAAGCAGCUUGAAAAUGGGUACUCUCUUUUUGACUACAACAUCAAUGUCAAUGAUAUGGUUCAAAUCAUGGAGAAAGUCACUGUUGAGGAAGCUUCUGCUUCAACUAAAUCAGAUAAAGAAAAUGCUGCAACUGACCCGGAACCCUCAACAUCUUCCUCAAAUACUGCUGAAAAGGAACCUGAGGAAUGUGUAGAACGCAGCAUUUACUUCAAGGUCGGAGAGUACGUAGAUACCAGAGACGAAACUUAUGGUGCAUGGUUCGAAGGAAAGAUUUCCAGAAUUAUUAAGGAUAACAACUAUGAAGAAAAUAAAAUAAAAUUUUCUUCUGACGAAGCCACUGGCUACCCACAUGAUGGCUAUUUUUAUGAAGUUGAAUUUCUGGCUGAAGGAGAACCUGUUGAAACAUCAGUUUUUCGUCUGAAAGAUGUUCGACCUCGAGCCAGAGAGGAAGCCCCCUUCAAGGAGUGUAAAGUGGGUCAAAAAGUCCUCGCUAAUUACAAUGUGGAGGAACCUCAUAGAAGAGGAUUUUGGUACGAGUCUAUCAUAACCUUCAUGACGCAGACAAAAUGGAAACAUGAUAAUGUGAUGCAUGCAACUGUAUUAGUAGGAGAUGUUCCUAUGAGUGAUUGCAAACUUCAAUAUCCCAAUGAACUUUUAAAAAUCGCUGAAACUAAACCUCUGGCAGAAAGAGAACCCAUACCUGAAGAAGAACCUCCUAUUCGUGAAACAGAAAUUCCACACGAUUGUAAACAUUGCAACAACAACCCUCGUCGCAAUUGUAAGGAAUGUGGUUGCUGUGUAUGUGGAUUAAAAACUGAUGAAAGCAAACAAAUAUUGUGUGACGAAUGUGACUCUGCAUACCACAUCUGGUGCUUGAAACCACCUCUUGAAGCUAUUCCUGAUACAAAUGAAUGGUAUUGCAGUAAUUGUAAAAACGAUGAAAACGAGAUUGUUGGAGCCGGAGGAAAAUUGAAGGAGUCAAAGAAAAAGGCCAAGAUGGCCUCAAAACAGAAUAACACUACUCGUGACUGGGGUAAAGGUAUGGCUUGUGUCGGACGAACAAAAGUGUGCACUAUAGUUCCGCAUGAUCACUUUGGACCUGUGCCUGGGAUUGAAGUGGGGACAUGUUGGAAGUUCAGAAUCCAGGCCUCUGAGGCUGGAGUACACAGGCCUCAUGUUGCUGGGAUUCACGGGCGCGAGAACAUUGGAGCGUUCAGUGUGGUCCUUAGCGGAGGCUACGAAGAUGACAUUGACAACGGAGAUGAGUUCCUGUAUACAGGCUCUGGGGGUCGAGACCUGACUGGCAAUAAACGUACCAACGCCCAAGGGUUUGACCAAACUCUCACCCGUUUUAACAAAGCUAUCGCAAUGAACUGCAAUGUUCCAUUGAGUGAGAAAGGGGGUGAGGCUAAAGACUGGCGGGGUGGGAAACCCAUACGAGUACUCCGCAACUACAAACUAGCCAAACAUUCCAAGUACGCACCUGAGGAUGGGAACAGGUAUGAUGGGAUCUACAAAGUUGUAAAGUAUUACCCAGAAAAAGGGAAAUCAGGAUUCAAUGUCUGGCGUUACCUGUUCAGAAGGGAUGACCCGGCUCCUGCACCCUGGACCAAAGAAGGAAAGAAAAGAAUUGAAAGUUUGGGUUUGGAGAUGGAGUAUCCAGAAGGAUAUUUGGAAGCAUUAGCUACCAAUCAGAAAAAAGAAGAUGCAGAUGAAUCGGAGACACCAAAGUCCAAGGGAAAGGGCAAGAAAAGGGUUUUGGAAGAGAGCACCAAUACUCAACCCAAAGCUAAUGUGAAGAAAGCCAAAGUCCUUAAAUAUGAGUUGGAAAAGAAUGUAGCCUGUGCCAUUGAAAAAGAUACUGGUAAUAACAAACUGUGGGAAGACUGUAAAACCGCUCUGGACUCUGGGAAACCGAAAUUUCUGUCCAAGGUUGAAGAAACAUUUACUUGCAUCUGUUGUACGGAACUUGUUUACAAGCCUGUCACUACUGAUUGCUCACACAACUUUUGUCUGGACUGCCUGAAGAGGUCCUUCAACGCUGAUGUGCAAACGUGCCCUACUUGUCGGAAUCCACUGGAGAAACAGAUCUUAAACAAUGUAAAUUCAUCGCUUCAAGAUGUGCUCGACAUUCUCUUUCCCGGUUAUACUAAAUCUCGUUAGUUCAAUCCUAAACAGACUUUUGCUUUCAGUUUAACAGGUGCCAUGAACAUGAUAUAAUGAAUAAUAGAUAUAAUACAUUGCACAUUGUGCUAAGAUAACGUUUACUAUGCAAUACUCAAGCUGUUUUUAAACUUAUGUACAUUCCAAUCUUCCUAAUUGUGCCUUAAUAUUAAUAUAGUACAUAAACACAUGAAAGAAAUGUUCCGUUCCAAGCACUGGAAAUGUCUUAAGGGGGGGGUCUUGUGGAAUAACAGUGAACAAGUUGUCUGUGUUAGUUUUAUUUUACUAGUACAAUGGUUUGAAAAGGAUAACCUGAAAAAGGGGACAACUCAGUUUAGGUCAAAUGUAUUAGCUAUAGAAAUCUACUGAUUUUUUAUUCAAGCUUUAAAAUAAGUUAUUUAUCAUACCGCAUUGCUUGUAUUUACUUAACCUAAUUUUUGAAAAUGAAAUUGGUUGUAAUUUAACAUAUUUAUUAUAUCUAUGACUCAUUAAGUUAUUUGUAGUCAAAAAUAUACAUACAUGAUGGCAGUUCAGUAAAUUUUUUUGAAGGUUUGUGCAGGCACAAUUUAAAAUAUUAAUUAGAUAGAUAGAUAGGAUUAUUGUUCUGUAUUGGAAGUUAACCUCUAUCUAAAAAUAUAUAACUCGUUUUGAAUCUUUGAUAUAUUUUUUUAGUGGCACUUUAUUUGACUUGCCCAAAUAUAGAAUCUAUCUAUCUAGUAAUGUUUAGUUAUGUUUGACAAGAAUUUGUAACCUCUUAAGAGUUAUAGUCCAAUUAAAUUAUUCAUUGUCUAUACCAUGUGUGAAAAUAUAGAUAUGUUUUAAAAGUUUGUGUAACGACCGUUUAAAAUACAAAUUAGAUAGAUGGAUAGGAUUAUUGUUCCGUGCUGGAAGUUAACCUCUAUCUAAAAACAUAUAACUGAAACUCGUUUUGAAUCUUUGAUAUAUUUUGAGUGGCACUUAUUUGACUUGCCUAAAUAUAUUAUCUAUCUAUCUAGUAAUGUUAAGUUACGUUUGACAAGAAUUUGUAACCUCAUAAGAGUUAUAGUCCAAUUAAAUUAUUCAUUGUCUAUACCAUGUGUGAAAAUAUAGAUAUGCUUUGAAAGUUUGUGUAAGGACCAUUUAAAAUACAAAUUAGAUAGAUGGAUAGAAUUAUUUUUCUAUGCUGGAAGUUAGCCUCUAUCUAAAUGUAUAACAUUGUUUGGAAUCUUCAAUAUAUUUUGAUUGGCCCAUAUUUGACUUGGCCAAAUAUAGUAUCUAUCUAUCUAGUAAUGUUAAGUUAUGUUUGACAACAAUUUGUAACCUCUUAAGUGUUAAAGAGUUCAAUUAAAUUAUUCAUUGUUUA